AUGAAGCCCGGUGUUUUUUCAUGGGAAGAUGUGCUACCCCAGCGAUAUCAGAGCAAUAAACCAGUCCCUCUCCCCCGCAGCCAGACUCUUCCGGUGGAGGCCUCCCGGCCACAACCCCAAGCUUACUUACUAGGACGGUUAUCGCCGGAGCUUCGUCUCAUGAUCUGGGGAUUCGUCCUAGGAGGCCAGCGAAUACACAUCGUUCAGCGCAGCGGCAAGCAAUUGGGACAUGUAAUUUGUUCCUGUCCAGGCCGAGAUGCAAAUGUAUCGAGCAACAUGCUGAAGCAUCGAAGAAGCGAUGAUUGCGAUAUCUGCCAUGGAUCCGGGAUCCCGCAACCAGCCAAAGGAGAGUUUGCGCGCAAGAAUAAGGUUAUGCUACUGGGGCUAGCAUUGACAUGUCGACAGAUAUAUCAUGAAUCCAUCUCCCUACUCUACACACUCCCAAUCUUCGAGUUCAGCAACCCCUGGUCCCUCCCCUAUCUCCACCCGACCAUCCCACGCCAGCACUGGGAAUCCAUCCGCACAGUCGAACUCCGUUGGUCCUUCCCAGGCCACUGGCUACCAAGCAAAGACUCCGUCCGCGCCGUCUACGUCUCCGCCGGCCGACUCCAAUGGCAAGAGACGUGCCAGUCCCUGAUGCAGAUGCGCGCAUUACGAAGCUUCACCCUCACUCUGGAGAAUACCUGGUUCAGCGAGAGUGCUGGGAAACUUGUGGGAUUCUUAGAUCCAUUGAAGGGACUAGCAGGGAGGUCCGUGAAUGGUUUCGGCAUUGGGCCGGGAACACCCAAUGGAUCUGGGGAAUACUAUGGGUCUGCGGACGAGUCAGUGGGCAGGAGUGAGGGUGGGAGCAUGGGGUCUCGGAGCUUGUCUGAAACGUCGGCUGGGUCAUAUACUAGUACGGGCACAUUGGCGUGGGAGCUUCGACUUCGGGGUCAGUCCUAUUACCCGCAUGAAUUGCAGAAGAUAGGAGAUGAUCUACGGCAGAGAGGGAUAGAGUGCUGGAGUUCGGUGUGA